UGUGUGCAGCGUGUAAACAUGGCAAAUGUUGACAAAGUUAAAAUACUUGUCGUCGGAGACUCAGGUGUAGGGAAGACAUCACUGGUUCAUCUGAUCUGUCACAACGAACCAACAAACAGUCCAGGAUGGACUAUAGGAUGCUCAGUGGAUGUGAAACUGCACGAGUAUAAGGCUGGUACAGCUGCAGAGAAGACCUUCUUUGUGGAACUGUGGGACAUUGGAGGCUGCACGGGACACCAAAAUAGCCGCUCCAUUUUCUAUAACCCUGUUCAUGGUAUUAUUCUAGUACAUGAUCUCACAAACAGAAAAUCACAGCAAAAUCUCCGGAGCUGGCUGGCUGAGGUGCUGAAGAAAGACAACAAAUCUUCAGGAAAUGGCUUUGAAAUGGAUCCUGAACAGUUUGCUGGGAACCAGAUUCCAUUGCUAGUCAUUGGGACGAAGGCUGAGCAGGUGGAGACGAUGAGAAACAAGGGAAAAUCUCGUGGAUCUUCAAUGGCUGAUGAGUUUGGAGCUGAUCAGAUUGACCUGGACAGCCAGAUUGUGAAAUACCUAGCACCUGGAUCCACCAAUGCAGUAAAAUUAUCAAGAUUUUUUGACAAGGUUAUAGAAAGGCGAUAUUAUUCACGUGAGGGUCAAGGCCAAAGUCAAGGGCACUUCAGUCCACCGCCAGAGAGGAGAAGAUUUAAAAACUCUCAUGUGGAUUAAAACAUGAACAUAUUUUAUUUACAUGUUAUUGUGAUAUUUUCCUUUUUUUCAAAAUGACUGAUGCAUGCAAUAUUCAAACAUAUACUAUAUUUUGAUGGCUGUGUUAUAAGGACAUCAACGUACUUAGAUAGUAUUGAUUUGCCUGCAGACGUAUUUAUAAUAUAUAACCAUGACUAAUAGUUGGUAUUAAAUAUUUAAAAUUAUUAGUUUACUCAUUUAAAGAGCUUUAAGGUAAGGUAAUGCUUAACCAUCGUUUUAACUGUCUGCUUUAUUAAUUGUUAUCUAUAAUGGUAAUGUGCAA